AUGGUUUAUGCUAUUAUUAUAAAAAAUGACUCAAAAUAUAUAAAGAAAAAUAAUGAAAAUAUAAUAUACAAGAAAAAUGAAAAUACACAUAAUUACGAUAAAAAUGAGAACCCUCUAAGUAAUUCUAAGAAAAAUAAAUACUCAAUAUUAAACUAUUUUAACAUAAAAAAGAAAGAGAAGAAAAAGGAAAUUUAUGAAAAUGAUAGUAUAUUGAAUAAAAUAUCUUUUAAAAAUGAUUUUUAUUAUGUUGAAGAAAAUUAUUAUUUAAAACAAGAAUUUCUAAUGAAAUAUAUUAAAUAUAUAAGUAGUGGAAUAAAAAAUGAGACAAAAAUUAAAGAAAAUAUUUUAAAAUUGUUAAUUUUAUUAAAAACAGAAGACUUAUAUUUAAAAUCAUUUUGUAAGAAAAUAUAUUUUUCUGAAAUAAAAAGAAAAAAUUAUACUAAUAAUUUUGAUAUUGAUGAAAAAAUAUAUAUAAAUAAUAUAUAUAAUAAGAAGCUAAGAAAUAUAAAAUUUUUCGCGGAUAUAAUAAAUGAUAACAUUUAUGAAUAUAAAUUAAAAUAUUGUAAAGAAAAUAAUUUAAUAUCUUUUGAAUAUUAUGACGGAUUUGAAAAAUCUUUUAAAAUUUCUAAUAAUACAUUUUUUUAUUUAGUAUCAAGUGAUAAAAGUAUAUUUAAUAAUUUUAAGAAUAAUUUAAACAAUAAAGAAGUAUUAAAUAAUGAUGGGAAAUUUAUUUAUACUUUUGAAAACAGUUUGGAUAAUAAAGUUAAAAUAGAAGUCAUUGAUACAGAAAGUAAGAUUAAUAAAAUACAUUUUUUUGUUGAAUAUAAACCACUUCGGGUUUUCCAUACUAAUAAUCAUUUAUUUUUUGUAAAUGCUUUAAAUAUUUCUAAAAAGUUAAAAUACUUUUCAUAUUCAAUAUAUAAUAAUGAUUAUAAUGAAAAAAUUAGAAUAGUAUAUGUAUCUGCGAUUCAUCCAUUUUAUUCAAAUAUUAUUUAUAAUGACAGUACCUAUGCCUUUUUUAGAAAAUGUAAAUAUUUUUAUGAAAAAGAAAAAAUGUUUGUUUGGUCAGAUCAAUUAGUGCAUUCUUCAAAUGAAAAAUCGGAAAUUAAUCAAAAUGCUAAUAUGAAUAUUAUACACAUUAAUUCUAAUGUUAAUAUAUGUAUAGCAUAUGAAUGUAAUACUGAUACUUAUUAUUUUUUUUAUAUAUUAUAUGAUAUAAAAAAAUAUAACAAUAAAUUUUUACAAGAAUAUUUUAAAAAAGAAAAAAUAAAUAAAUUCCUAGUUUUUCAACAUUUCUUAAGCAUUGAAAGAAAAAAAUUUUUUUAUAAAAAUGAAACAUUUAAUAAUAUUAAUUUUAAUACAGAAAUAUAUAAACCUCAUAUUAUACUUACUAGUGGAGGAAAUAAAAGUAUUCAUAACAAAAUUAAGUUAUGCUUAUAUGAUAAUAUCAAUAAUUUAUUAUUCAUCAUACCUAUAUUUCAUAAAUAUGUUAAAGAUAAAAUUAAAAUUGUUAAGAAUGUUUUAAAUUUUACUACAAUUAAUAUGUCAAGAGAGUUUUCUACAAUAAAAUUCUACCCUUACAACAUAUGUGCAUUUUUAAAUAAUCAAAUUAAUAGCACUAAUCUAAAACUAAAAAAUAAGUUUUUAGAUUUAGAGGAAAGUAUUAUUAAUGUUUCUACUGGAAAUAAAAGAAAAUAUUAUUUUAAUAAUUUGUUAAAAAACAAAAUUGACAUACUCAAAUCAAAAAGCAACAUAAAAGAAUCAGAAAAAAAUAUCAAAAAACAAAAUUAUACUAUUCUUGAUAUUAAUAAAGUAAAUCAUUUUAUUAUUAUUUUAAAUACAAAUGGAUUUUUAUAUUUAUUAUCAGACGAUGUUUAUGUAACUAGCAUAUAUUUACUUAAUAAUAAAUCACAAAUAUAUAACAUACACAAUUCAAAUUUAUGUAACCUAACAGUAGACACAAUUGAUUAUGACAAAAAUAAAAUUUCUUUGAAAUCUUUUAGAGUUCAUAUUGAUAUAUUACCAAAAAAUCAAACUUUAAAAAUUCUUUUAAUUUUUUUUUAUUAUUACAUAUGUAAGAAAAUUGCAUUAGAAUUUUUUACAUUAUGUCUCUAUGAAUGUAAAAAAAGAGAAGAGAAUAAAAACAUAUUUAAUUUUUUAAACAUAGAUAUAUAUUUCUUUGAUUAUGAGAAUAUUUAUCCAAAUGAGAACAUAAAUACAAAAGACAGUUCUAUUAAGAAGUAUACUACGUACACAAACAUUUCAAAUUAUAAGAAUAGCAAGGAAGAGAAAAAUGUUUCAAUAAAUGAUAAUAUGUAUAAUUUAAGAUGUAAUAAUAAUGAUAGCAAUAAAAAUGAAAAUAUAGAAAUGAAUAAAAAAAUGAAAUACCAAUAUAGUCAAUGUAAUGCUUCUAAUUAUUCUUAUAUAAAUUCAAAUAAAGAAUAUAUUAAUGAUACAGAAAAAUAUAAAAUGCUUAAUUUAAAUUUUUUUCAGCUAGAAAAUUUACAGCAUAUAGAAUUUAGUCGUUUUAUAUUCUUAUUUUUGUUAUUAUGUGUAAAAGAUUUAAAAACAUAUAAAAAAUUAGAGAAAUAUUUGUAUAUUAAAAAAAAAAAAAAUUACUAUAAUGAGACAGAUGAAUAUAAUGAAUCAAAAUUUAAUUGCUUUUUGUUCAACUACGACAGUGAAAUAAAUACGGAUAGCGAAGAAUUAUCUUUUUCUUCACUAUCUUCAUCAAGUUCUUGUCAAAAUAAAAGACAAAUAAAUAAAAUAGUGUAUACUCAAGAAAAUAAUGAUAUUUCUAGUGAUAGGAAAAAUAAUCAUAUAAAUUAUUCUAAACAUAUUAAUAAUAAUACAAAUAUGCAUUGUAGUAAAACAAAGAAAAAUUCGAAAGAAAACAGUUUUUCAUAUGUUAGUGAUAAUUAUUAUAACGUAAUUAAUAAUUUUAUAAGAUAUUUACACAAUAAAUAUAAACAUAUAUACAAUAAUAGAUACUUAAUACUAGCUUAUCUACAUUUAUAUUUUGAUGAAAUUAACAUAUGUGUAUAUAUUGAUCAAAAAGCAAAAAAUAAUUUAAUACUAACUAUUAUUAUAUUAUCUUAUACUCUAGAUUUGUAUAAUUUUAUAUUCUACUAUAUAAAUAAGUUAAGUAUAUUUGAAAAAAACAAACUAGAACAUUUUUAUUUCCAUGUGUGUAAAAAAUACUAUAGAAAUGAACUCAUCAAAAAAGGCAGAUAUAUUUCCAAAUAUAAUUACAUUUUUAGCAAUGAAAUUAAAAGUUUAAAUGAAGAUUAUUCACUAAAAGCAAAUAAUAAAUAUGUAAAAAAAAGAAAUUACAAUAAAUUUGAUGAUGAUAAAUCAAAUGGUACUAUACAAUGUAAUAAAAAAUCAUAUAUUAAAACAUUAAAUGAUAAUGUGAUAAGCUAUAAUAAAUCAAAUAAAGUUGCAUCAAAUUACAAUUUUACAAAGUAUACAUUUAUAAAUAAUUACUUGAGGGAAAAAUUUAUAAAAUUAAAAAAAAUACCUAACAUUUUAGAGAUUUUACAUAAAAUUGUGAACAUGAAUAAAAACGAAAAUUAUGAAAAUAGUCUUAAUCACUAUAUUAAUACGACCUUUUUCUUACAACAUAUGGAGUAUUUUUCAAAUAAACUAAAAUUAAAAUAUGAAUACUAUUUAAAGGAAGUAGAAAAAAUUUUUAAUAUUAUAAAAAAAGAAAAAGAAAUUAAAAAUAGUAAAAAUAUAAAUAAUAUUAAUGAUUGUUAUAAUAAUUUUGAGUUAUUUAAAUCUUCAAUUUUAUCUAAUGAUCAAAUGAAAUAUUUAUAUUAUUUUUCUUCGUUAUUUUUUCCUUUAAAGAUUUUUUUAAUUACUUCGUAUUUAAGUCUAUUUUAUAAAUCAAAAGUUAAAAAAAAGGUAUUAUAUAAAAAUUUUUAUAGGAAUAUAAUUAAAAGUGAAUUAGAUGUAAUUUAUUCAUCUCCUUUUAACUUAGAUUUUAUGAACAAUGAUGAAGAAAUAGGUAUGGUACUCACAAAAAGCAAAAAUAAAAAUAAUAAAUCCAAUAAUUAUAAUAUUAUUAAUAAUGCUAAAAUUUUAAAUUAUAAUAAAAAUUUAAGAGAUAAUAAAUAUAUUGAAUAUGAUGAAUAUUCUAUCAGAUGCAAAAGUAAAAGUGUUGUAAGUAAAAAUAUUUUGAAAAGUUAUGACAAUCAAGAAAGUAGUGAUGAACAUAUAGUGAAUAAUGAAAAUAAUAAAAAAGAAAAUGAAGAUACAAUUUUAUACAAAAAACUAAUAUAUUUGUUCGUAUCCAAUAUAAAAUAUUUCGAUUAUUUAAAUGUAGUUGAUAUAAAUAUUGUUAAUAUUUUACUAAGAAAUAUAUUUUAUGAGAAUAUAUUUUUGCUUAACAAAAAUUUAUAUAUUUUAUAUUUAAAAUUUUUUAAUGCGUAUCAAUUAUUUGAAAGCAAAUGUAGUAGUAAUAUUUUAUUAAAUAAAAGCCAUUCUGAAGAUUAUAUGAGUUAUAAUAAUAAUAAUAAUAAUAAUAAUAAUAAUAAUAAUAAUAAUAGUAAUAAUUAUUAUUAUGAUAAUAAAAAAGAAAAAGAAAAAAGCGUUAUACAAGAAGCAAAUAAGAUAGAUGAGAAAAAUAUGCACAAUAGUAUAAAUAAUUAUACGCAAAAAAUGAAAAUUGAAGAUAAUUGUAAGAACGAUAAAGUAAAUAAAUGUUUUAAUGAGAACAAUGAAAUAAUAGUUAAUAAAGAUCAAAUUAGCAUAGAAAUGAUUAAAAUUUUGGAUUGUUAUAAAAUAUACAAUUUUGAUAAUAUAGAUUUUUAUAUAAAUAUAGAUAGAGAGGAUUUGUAUUUUAACAAAUUCAUUGAGUCAUCUGAUGUAAAAUUGAAAAGAAAUUUUAAUAAUGUUGUAGAAAUACUGAAGAAAAAUAAUUAUAAUAUUAUUUUUAGUAAUAGUAAAAAGAAUAGAAAAAAAAAAAAGGAAAUAGGAAGUGACAUUGAUGAUAUCUAUAAGAACAAAAAAGAAAUAGUGCAAAAAAGUUACUUAAGUGAUUAUAAAAUAUUGAAAGAUUGCUGUUUUUUUUUUGAUACUUUUAAAAUGGAUAGGAAUAUUUCCUCGUGUUACUUUCCAUAUAAUAAAGAUCCUGUUGUUGUUUAUUUAAAUAACUUUCAUAAUUAUUAUUUUUCAAAGUAUUAUAAGAAGAGAAAAAUAUAUUUAUUAAAAGAUAAAGAAGAAAAUAACUCAAAAAAUAAAGAUUUAAUUGAUUUAAUAGAUAUGGAUAAUACCUCUGAUAGUUUAGAAAGCGCAUAUAUACAUAAGCAUAAGUAUAAUAAAAAAAAUGUAAAUAAAUAUUUAAAAAAAAUAAUUAAAUUUAUGAAUUUAGAUAAGUUAGAAGAAAAAAAAAUAUUAAUUGAUACUAAAGUAAAUGAAAAUAUUGAUAAAGUAUUAGAUUUAAUGCAUUUAUAUUAUACCUUAGAAAAGUUUUAUAAAAUGAAAUACACUUGUAUGUUCAGUAUAAAUGAAAUUAAUUUUUUUAAUAUAUUAAAUUCAAUUCAUUAUAAACCAAAUAUUAAUUUUAAUAUAAAAUAUGAUAUAUAUGUUUAUUUAUUUGAAAUAAAAAAUAAUCAAAAUCAUUUAAGUAAUGUUUCACUUCCUCCUAAUGAUAGCUUAUCACUUAAUAUAUUAUCACGUACACAUAAUAGAGAAGUAAUGGAUGAUUCAAAUAAUAAUCCAAGUAUACAUUUUAAUGAUUUUAAUAGACAUAAUUACCCGACUAAUAGUAAUGGCAAUAAUAAUAAUAAUAAUUCUUUAUUAAAUAAUGAAGUUCCUAAUUAUGAAAUAUAUAAUCUAAAUAGAAAUUUGAAUAACGAUCCAUUUGGUGAACCAUCUGAAGUUACUAUGCUUAACAGGAGAAUAAGAGAAUUCAACAACUAUUGGCAUAGUCGUAUAAGUGAACCAAGUAAUAAUAAUAUAAAUUCAAGAAAUAUACAUAAUAAUAACUCAAGAAAUAGGAUAAAUUAUCAAAAUGGAACUCCUAAUAGAUAUUCAGGAAAUAUUUCAUCUAAUAAUAAUCCACAUGAUUCUAAUAUUUUAACUUUAAAUAGAAGAAUUAGUAAUGGUAAUAAUCUGAGAAUAAAUUCUUCUAAUAAUUUAAGAAACAAUCAUAGUAACUUUGAAUAUAGUCCAAAUAAUAAUAAUUUUGAAAAUAGUUCUAUUUACAGUUAUCCAAAUAAUAACAGUAAUUCUAUUAAUAUUUUUAGGGAACGUUCAUCAUAUAAUUUUAAUAGGAAUCAUCAUACACUUUAUCAUGGGUUAAGUAAAAUAAAAUAUAAUUUAAAAAAAAAAAAUAAAAGAAAUAUAAAAAAAAUAAAAUUAAAAUUAAAUAGAUUAUUGAAUUCCUUAUAUGUUAAUAUAAAAGAAGAUAAAAUUGAAAAAAUAUUCGUCUUAAAUAAAUAUUUUAAAAAAUUGCAAAAAUGUAAAAAUACAUUAAAAACGUUUAACACAAUGACAAUGAAAGAAAUAGCAAAUAAAAUAGGUGCUCGUUUAACUACUCAAACUAGUGAUUACUUUGAUAAUUUUUAUUUAAAUAAUAGUAUUUCUAAUAAUAAUAUAUUAUCUAGAGAGUCUAAUAGAAAUAAUGAAAUAUAUAAUAAUGAAAAUGAUAGAAAUGAAAGUUUUGAUUCAUACAGUUCUCAUCAAGAAAGUGAAUAUAAUCAUGAAUAUGAUAAAACUUGCAAUUUAACUAAUUAUUUCAGUUCAUAUAGUAUAAGUAAUAAUAAUAAUAACAAUAAUAAUAAUAAUAAUAAUAAUAAUAAUAAUAAUAAUAAUAAUAAUAAUAAUAAUAAUAAUAAUAAUAAUAAUGAUUCUUCUAAUGAUGAAUUUUAUUCAAGUAAUUUUUUAUACACUCCUAAUAAGGCAUUAAAUGAUUCCACGAAUAAUGAAAAAAUUAAUGAUAUAUCUUUUGAUAAUAUAAAUAGAGCAUAUAGUAGUAAUAUAUCCUUUAAUAACAAUGAAAGAAGAUACAGUCAAAUAUCACUUCUUUAUUAUGAUAGAAGAAAUAGUUAUGUAUUAAGUAACGAAAGAAGAAAUAGCAAUAUGUUGAAUAGUGAAAGAAGGGAUAGUAAUGUAUUAUUUUACCCUAACAAUAUAAUGAAUUCCAGUAUUCAUGGAGACAGAAGAUAUAAUAUAGAAAAUGGAAAUCCUGUUUCUCAUAAUAUAAUACAAAAUCGUUUAUCAAUACAUUCUAUUAGAAGUAUAAGAAAUAAUGGGGAAUCAAUUAAUCAUUCUAAUGAUUUUAUAUCUAGUAAUAAUACACCUAUAGAGGAAUAUAAUAUAUAUGAAUUGAAUGAUUUUAAGAAUACUCUAAAGAUAAAAAAAAAAUUAGAUUUUUUUGAUUUUACAUUUCUUAAAACAAAAUCUAUUAAAUACAAUAAUUUUGUAAAUUCUAAAAUAAGAAAUGCGUUCAAAUUACAAUGUUCAUUAUGCCAAACUAUUUUAUACAAAAAAUAUGAUGAUAUGGACAAGAAAAAAAAUACCAUCAUAUUAAAUAUAGUAAACAAUGAAAAUUAUUUAUAUAAGUUUUUAAAUAGAAAUUAUAAAUAUUGUGGUACCUACUUUUUAGCCGGUUUAAUAUUUGGUUUAGGUCUAUUACAAUUUUACAAAAAUGUUAAAAUUUCUUUAUUUUUACAAUAUAUUUUAAAAUUUAAAAACAGAUGCUUAUAUAUUUGCUGUAUAUUAGGCGUUUCUUUAUCUUUAAUAUCAUCUAAAAAUUCGGAAUUAACGACCCUUUGCAUAAAUGCAUUAUUUAAAGAGUUAUACGAUGACAAAAAAUUAAAUUACGAGAAUUUUUUAUUUCAUUGCUUAAAUGAAAAUCAUCAUAAUGAAGAUAAUUAUAAAUUUGCAUUCUAUAAAAAAAAAAAAAUAAAUAAAGGGGAAGAUAUUUCAAAUAUUCAUGAUUUUAAAAAUAGAAAUUAUGAGAGUAUUAUACACAAUACUAAUAAUUCAGAUUGCUUUAAUAUGUUAUAUGCACAAGAUGAUGAAUUUUCUGAUCAAACUAGUUCUACCUUACUUAUAUCUAGUGAUACAUCUAUUUCAAAUAAUACAUUAGAUAGGAAUAUAGAUAAUGAAAUAAACCAUUUUAGUGAAUCGAAUAUAUAUGGAAAUAAUGAAAGAAACGUUACUAAUGGAAAUAAUAGCGUAGUAGAAGAAAAUAACAAUAGUAAUAAUAAUUUUUGUAACAAUAAUAGAAUAAUAAUUUCAUCAAAUAACUUUGAAGAAAAUGAUAAUAAUAUAAAUAUUAAUGAUGAUCAUGUGAAUAAUUUGAAUAAAAAUAGUUAUGUAAAAUAUAAAAAUGAAUCAAAUACUUCUCAAUGUGUGUAUACUUCAAAGGGAAAUAAUGACAUUAGCAAGAUGAAUAAUUUUGAUGAUAUAGAUGAGAUAAGUUCUCUUUUAAAUAUUUCAAUAAAUAAUUCCUUUUCCUCUGACAAUAUAGAAAAAAAAGAGAAAAAAAGAAACAGAAAAGAAAAGAAAAUGAAGAAAAAAUUCAAAAAAAGAAAAAAAUAUCUUGAUAAUUUGGUUUUGAGUAGCAAUAUUUUAUGCUUAGGAUAUUUACAUUUGAAUAGUAAUAAUAGAUGUUUAACUAAAUAUAUUUUUAAGUUAUUGCAAAAGAAUGAUUUAAGCAAAUUAAAUAUGUUAUGUAUAUUUUGGACUAUUGGUUGUAUUAAUUUUAAAAAGGGUAUCUUAUUUAAUAAUAUAAUUAGUUCUUUGUUUUAUUUCAUAAAUGCUAAUAUACCAUUUAAAAUUCAUAAGAAUAAUUUUAUAAAAAGUUUUUCCUUAAAACAUAUGAACAAUGAAGUGCCCUAUGACCUAAUGCACAUAAUGAUAUCAUCUGCUAUAUCAAUUUCUUUAUGUUUUUUUAAAACUAAUAAUAUUCAUGCUUUUAAUAUGAUUUUUAUGCCUAUGGAAAUAGAUCACAUAUAUUAUUUUAAUAAUUAUGAUAUAAUGGUUAAGUCUUUUGCAAGAAAUAUGAUUAUUUUUGAUUUCAUUGAAUUAUCUCAUGAAUAUAUUUUAUCCAACAUUCCUGUUUUCUUAAGAAUAUUGCCUAAUGAUUUAGUAAAAAAUAGCAAUAAAUUACCUUAUAUGUAUUUGAUUGAUGAAAAUGGAAUGUUCAAAAAUAAAAACAUUGAAAAAAAAUUUAUUUUAAAAAAUGGUCAUAUAAAUUUAGAUAAUGAUUUUAUUUGUAGUGAAAUAAAGAAAAUUUAUGAAGACGAUUAUUAUUUUGUUUUAACAGAAAAAAAUUAUUUUAAUUGUUAUAAUAAUAAAAUGAAACAAGAAACACAUUUAAGUUAUUUAUUUCAUGGGUCUAAUAGUAGUUCUUAUAAUAAUAAUAAUAAUAAUAGAAAUAAUGUUAAGAAAUUAUCAAAAGAUUAUACUUUUGUUUAUAACUGUGAAUUAUUACGUUAUUAUAUUAUUAUUGGAGUAUUACAAGUUUUGAGCCUAAAAUUUCUAUCAACACAUCACGAUCAAUUUAAAAAAUUAUGUUUUGAUUAUAUCUCUUAUUUUGAAAAUUUAAAUAAAAAUAUUUAUGCAAAACAGAAACUGGAAAAACUAUAUACAAAAAUAAAUUAUUUAGUUCAAAAAAUUAAGAAUAAUGUUAAUGAAGAAAAACUAGUUAGUAAAAUUCCAUCUGAGGUAAAUAAUUUUUGCUCCCAAUUAAGUGAAAAUUCAUCUUAUAAAUACAAUAGUGGAAUGAUUGACAAAAUAUAUUUUAAUACAAUGAACAAUGAAAUGAGUAGUUUGAGUAACACGAUUAAUGAUAAAAAAAAGAAAAUGAAAAACGAAAAAACAUACCAAUUAAGUGAUGACUUGAAUGAUGAAAUUAAUAAUAAUUUUUAUAGUUUUAUUACUGGAGUAGACUAUAAUGAUUCAAGUAAUUCAAGCAUAAGCAAAAACAAAAGUACAGAGAAUGGAAAUACAAAAAUUGAUAAAGAUAUAAUAGAAAAAGAUGAAAGAAAUUGUAAUAACAAGAAAUAUUUGCAUAUAUAUAAAUUGAUCUUAAGAUAUGUUAAAAAAAUUAAAAAAAUUAAAAAAUAUCUAGAUAAUGAAUAUACUACUGAAAAUGAAAAUUAUGCAAGAAGUUUAUUAGUGAAAAAAUCAGAACACUAUAAUGAUUUCUUGUAUAAAGUUAAAGAAGAAGAUAUGAACUAUAUAAUUAACUUAAUUUAUCAAUGUUUAUCUUUAGUGUUUGUUGGGAGUUGUGAUAAAAUUCUUAAUAAAAAAAUAAAAAGUAAAAUAAAUAAUAUAAUCAAUAUUAGAGAUAAAAACAUGAAUAAUUUAUAUUAUUAUUACUUAGGUUACAUUAAUUUAGGAUGUGGUAAGUAUGUUUUAAAAAAGCAAACUGACUUAUCAAUAUGUACACUAACGUUAAUUAUCUUUAGUUUUUUUCAUAUAUAUGAUUUAUCAUCUCAUUUUAUUAUUCAUUUGAUAGAAUAUUUAUAUGUUUUAUUAAUUGAUAAACGAUAUUUACAAAUUUAUGAUGUAUCUACUAAUAAAUUUGUCAAUUUGCCUAUUCAAAUAAUUUAUAAAGAAAAAAAGAGCAAUUAUAUAUUAAAAAGAAAUAUUAUAAAAGGUAAAAAUACGAUGACAGUAAAUAAUGUAAACAAUUACAAUAUAUGUUUAGUUAAAAGUAACUAUUUACAUUAUAAUAAAAAAGUUAUAGUGUCUCCAUGCUCUGUUCCACUUUUAAAUAUAGUAAAUCUUUCCAUUAUCAACAAUGAUUAUUAUAAUUUAAGUAUUUCUAAUUUUGAUAAAAAUAAUACUAGUGAUAAUAAUAAUAUAAUAAAAAAAAUAAUAAAAAGAGGUAUCUUAUUUGUUAAAAAAAAAGAAUAUAAUGUAUCAUUAAGUUAUAAAAAUUUGUUAUUCACUGAUUUUUUUAGUUAUGAUUAUUUCUUACUUAACAAGAAUCAUUCUAAUAGAAAAGAUGGAAUUUUUAAAAGUAAUCAAUACCAAGACACAUUUUUAAAUAAAAAAUAUAGCAAUUCACCAGUAACAACAACGGAUACAGAAAUACAUAAUUACUUAUUAAAUGAAGGUAACAAUCCAUAUGAUUAUUUGUUAAAUAAUAAUAGGAAAUUAUUUUAUAUUAAUACAUUUGAAGUUAAUGAAAGAAAUGUUUUAAAUAGUAAAUUGAUUAAGAAUGACAAAAAUCCAAGUAAUAUAUCAAAAUAUUUAUUAGAAAUAUUGAAAUACUAUGAAAAAAUUCCUAUUUUCUAUUCAGAGAAUGCUCUCCUAUUAUUUCAAAUUAAAAAUAGUUAUAUAAAUAAAAACAUAAAUGAAAUUUUAAUGCUAAAAUAUUAUAUUAAAAUAGAAACAGAUAAACCCGUAAAUGAUAAUGAAGAAUUAUUAAAUCAAAAAUUUUCCAAAUUGUUUUAUUAUUUCAAUGAGGAAUUUAAUAAAACCUUUAGAAUAAUUGAAAAGUUUAGUGAAAAAAAUAAAGAAGAAAAGAAAUAUUUUAUGCAAUAUAUUUAUCAUUUGAUCGUAAAUUAUUUUAAGAAAAACUGUAUUGUAGAACAUUCUUUGCAUGAUAUAAUAACAAAACACAAGAAAAUUGCUAAUGAUGUGGAUUCUUUUUUGAAUAAAGAAGAGUAUAUUAUAAAAAACGAUAAUAAUACAAAUGACAUAAAUUGCAAUAGCAAUAUAUUUUCACCUAUUAUAACAUUUAAUAAUCUUUAUAACUAUAAAUAUUUUAAAAAUAACACAUAUCCACAUUACUAUAAAAAUGGUGAAAAGAAUGAAACAAGUUUUUUAAAUGACAUUAAUAAAUUGUUAGUAGAAUAUUCCAUAAAUAAUAUAAAAGCAUUUACGAAUAUUCAACUGAUCAAUGAAGUUUAUAAUAAUUAUUAUUUUUUUCAGUUGAUACAAAAUUUGCAUAUCAAUAAAAGUGUAAAUUAUUUAUGUCAUUUAUCGGAUGUUUAUUAUUCUUUUUAUUUUUUUUAUGAUUUUUUUUAUAAGUAUUGGCAAAACAAUUAUUUAAAUUCUUCGACAAGAAAUAAAAAUAAAAUAAGAAAAAAAGGUACUAUUUAUGACUUGGAAUUUUUUGAUUAUUUUAUAAAUUACAAAAAUAAAAAAAAAAUUAUUUAUAUAGAUAUAGAAGAAUUUUCCUUAUGCAAAUACACCUCUUCUGAAAAUUCGAAAAGUUAUUUUUUUGACCUAGGCCAUAUUAAUAAAAAUUUAAGUGAGAGAAAAGUAUUAAAAAAUAAAGAAAAUGAUGAUAUUAAUAAUCCACAAUGUAAUCAGAAUGAAUUGAUAAAUUAUUUUAAAAUUUUAUUACAAAAGAAGAAAAAUAAAGAAAAUACUAUUUUUCAUAAGUUACCUGACCUGUUCAGCUGCAAUUUUGAAUAUCUUAAAAUAAUAGAAAGAAUAUAUAAAAAUUCAAAAGAUGAUAGUUUGAUGAAAUAUUUAACAUUUUUUAAAAAUGAUGAGUAUUUUAUAUAUUUUUUUGAAAAUAACAUUAAAUUAAUAAAAACUAUAUUUUUACAGUAUUAUCAUAAAGGAUAUAUUGAUAAAUGCAUCAUUUUUAAUAAACAAAAAAUUAAUGUUCACAAUUGUAAUAAUUUAAUAUAUUUAUUUACGGAAUAUUGUAAUUUUCCAAACUAUUAUUAUUUUUGGAACACAGUUGUAAAUGAUGAAGAAAAUUUUCUUUUUGUACCUCAGUUUAGACAUUUUUAUGAUUAUAGGUACAAUAAGUAUAUACGUUCUAUUGUUUUAAAGGCAAACAAAGCUUUAUGUGGAUUUAAUUCUUUAGAAGAUGAAGAGAGAAAGAAACAUAUAAAUAAGCAUAAAAAAAGAAUGAGAAAAAUCAAAAAAAGGAGUAUAUACUAUAAUAAAAAAAAAUAUAAUUUUAUGUUUCUUCAUAAUAGAUUAACAACUCAAAAAAAGUUUUUCAUAAUAAAUAAAGACGUUCAGAAAAAGGAAAUAAAUAAAUGUAAAUAUUUAUAUAAUACAUUUACAAAUAGCAAUAGCCAUAAUUACUUCACUUAUAAUCAAUGUAGAAAAUUCAAAAAAACAAACAGAAAAUUAAUUGAUAAGCAUAAUGAUUUUUAUUUUACUUAUAAGAAAAAAGAUAAUUAUCAUUUAUUUUUAAUUUUAGAAAGAAUAACAGAAGUUAUUCGUAGAAACAUAAAAAUUAAGCAAUGCCCAUUUAGAAUGUCAUUUGUAGAAUCAUUAAUUAUGGAUACAUCUUUUAAUAUAUACAAUAUUUUUAAACUUUGGGAGAUGAAAAGUGAAAAAGUAUCAGAUAUAUUAAUUAAGACCUACAAUAUUUCAUUAAAUUCAAGAUAUAUUAAUUCAUUUUUCACAGAUAUCUUAUUUUGUUUUUUUAUUGGAAACUUAUAG